AUGGUGCUCAUGCAGAGCUAUUUCUUUUGCGCUUCUGUGCGUUUGGGCACCCUCGUUAUAUGCUUUUUUGCCAUGUGCAAAAGCGUCAUCACUAUGUAUGUGAUAUUUGACAAUGGCACCGCUUUCAUAUUUUCAGUGAUUCGCAUAUUUGAAAAUGAUGCAAAUUAUCGAGCGAGUAUUAUUGUACAAGAGGCCAUCAAUUGGGUGGAGAAAUAUCCCAAGGAAAUUAUGAUGUUUGCCCAGCUCUACAGCUUUUGUCAUAUUUUGUCUUGCAUUGUGGGUGCCUUUGGUGCUUAUAGGCUCAAGAAAUACUAUGUAUUGCCUUUGUUCGUCUUCGAAUUCUUUUACUUCAUGCAAAUAGUUUUACUAUCGGUGAUUGCCCUGCGAAUUGCACGUCAUGUUGUGCCCUUAACGACUCUGAUAUUGUUGACACUCGUUCUCACAUUCUAUGCAAUGCUUGUGGCCUAUGAUACCUUUGCUUUGAUUGCCUUUGUGCAGAUUAUGGUUUUGGUGCAUAGUGAAAAAUAUCAACGACUUUAUGGCAUGGAUCCGCUAAAUCCCGUUCUAUACAGAGAGGAAAUAAGCGAAAAAUCGAAGUCUGACAAUCUCCAGCCACAGCCACCAAUUAUUAUUUAUGUAAUGCCAAAAGUUGGUCAAAAAUUGUGGCACUUGCAGCCACAGAAAUGGUGGCAGGAUGAAGAAGCUGCUUCAAUGGGUACGAAUUUUGAUCACUCGCAGUAUUUUCACAGACAGGAACUUGUGUCGAAUGUUCUGCUACGAAAUGCUGUAAAUGCUAAAGGGUUUUUGUAUAAGGAAAAGGAACUAGUGACUUCCAGCACUUUUCAUAGGCUUGGUAAAAAUAUUUAG